UAAAAAAAAAAUGUCCACAAACAUGGGCUAUUUGAGAUCUUGUUUUGUUUUCUUCCUCCUUUCUUUUGUGACUUAUACUUAUGCUACCUCUUUUGAGGUCCGAAACAACUGUCCAUACACCGUCUGGGCGGCAUCAACCCCGAUAGGCGGUGGCCAACGUCUUGAUCAAGGUCAAACUUGGGUCAUCAAUGCACCGGGGGGGACUAAGAUGGCACGUAUAUGGGGUCGUACUAAUUGCAACUUUGACGGUGCUGGUAGAGGCUCUUGUGAGACUGGUGAUUGUGGUGGAGUCUUGCAGUGUACCGGGUGGGGUAAACCACCAAACACCUUAGCCGAAUAUGCCUUGAACCAGUUUAACAACCUAGAUUUCUGGGACAUUUCUUUAGUUGACGGAUUUAAUAUACCGAUGACUUUCGCCCCGACCAAUCCUAGUGGAGGAAAAUGCCACUCAAUUCAAUGCACAGCAAAUAUAAAUGGUGAAUGCCCUGGUGAACUUAAAGUACCCGGAGGAUGUAACAAUCCUUGUACCACGUUCGGAGGACAACAAUAUUGUUGCACCGAAGGUCCAUGUGAUCCUACUGACUGGUCGAGAUUUUUCAAACAAAGAUGCCCUGAUGCAUAUAGCUACCCACAAGACGAUGCAACUAGCACCUUUACUUGCCCCAGUGAUAGUACAAAUUAUAGGGUUGUUUUUUGCCCAUAAUUAAUACCACAAUAAAGCAUAUUUUGCUACAAAUUAAAUGGUAUGAAAAAUUACCAAAAUAAUAAGUAUCUAAACUAUUUUGUGUUAGUGUGAUAAUAA